AUGCGUACACAGUUGCUCUUCAUUUCUGCACUCUCUACGGCUGCCGAGGCCCUCGUGCCUCGAGCGGCUGCAGCCGUAGAUGCUUCAACGAUCCAGGGCAAAUACAUGUUUGGAUACCAAGGCUGGUUCCGCUCUCCGGGCAAAGGACUUAACACACACUGGUCUACCAAUGGUGGAGUACCAGGGCCUGGAAAUGCCGUCUUUGACUUCUUCCCUGACACAAGUGCGUACCCUUCUGAGUGUCUUUUCGACACUCAGUUCAAGUAUGCGAAUGGAACGACUGCCAAAUUAUACGACAACACCUGUGCUGGAGUGGUAGAUCUGCAUUUUAAAUGGAUGCAGCAGUAUGGCAUUGAUGGCGUGUUCGUUCAGCGCUUUUAUGGCGCUUUGAGCGAUGCUACGUUUUUAACUGUCUUGGAUUUAGUUCAAGCUUCUGCUGAAAAGUACGGUCGCGUUUUCGCUGUCGAGUAUGACUUGAGCGGCGGCAACUCGUCACAAGCAAGUGUCACCAACAAGAUCAUUCCCGACUACGUUAACAACAUCAAAAAAUACACCCAGUCUCCGGCAUAUGUUCACCAAAACGGCAAGCCGGUUGUGAUGGCCUUUGGAUUCGGCGUUGCUGGCCGUGAUCUCAGUGCAUCAGACGCGUUCAACUUGGUCAGAGACUUACAGGCCGAGCCAGCCUAUGUUAUCCUGGGAACGGCCAACACCUGGGCUGCUGAUGUCCGUAAUAACAACGGCUUGGUAAACACCUACAAAUUGGCCGAUGCAAUCAGUCCCUGGACUAUCGGCGCCUAUACCGAUGCUGGAUAUCCGAGCUAUAACUUUCACUGGCAACAGAACGAUACCACGUUAACCAAUUCACUUGGUAAGGGCUAUGUACCCGUGGCAUGGCCCGGUACCUCAAACUACCACCUGUCCAACGAUCUCUCUCACCUUGACUAUUUCCCACGAGACAACGGAAGCUUUUACGAACUUCAGGUCAAUACUGUUAUGAAACAGAAGCCACUCUUUAUUUAUACUGCCAUGUUUGACGAAGUUAAUGAAGGUGAGAGAUUGAAUGCCUUGUGCUUUGUCAAAGAGACAUGA